AUGUCAACUGAUAUGCACACUGAUUCCUUUGAUCACCGAACAGAGCUCCUUUCACCAGCCCUAACAAGAGAAAAUGGCAUCACAAUGAGGGUGCCGUCAUGGCGACUCAACUUUGAUGAGCAUCAAUUGCCAGAAAGACACAAAGAUCAUCAAUUUGGCAUUGGCAAACUUGUGCAGAAAAUAAGGACACAGAGAAAACUUGGAGAGUAUUACAAUAGGCAGGAGAAGCUUCUCAAAGGGUUCAAUGAAAUGGAUACAUUCACUGAAAUGGGCUGCUUGCCUGGUAGCUUAACAGAGGAUGAGAUGGAGCAGCUUGCCAAAAGUGAGAGGAUUGCGAUUCGUGCCUCUAACAUAGCCAACUUAGUGAUUUUCGUGGCGAAAGUUUAUGCAUCCAUACAGAGUAAAUCAGUGGCUGUGAUUGCAUCAACCUUGGACUCCCUUUUGGAUCUCUUAUCAGGAUUCAUUCUGUGGUUUACUUCAUAUGCUAUGAGAAAACCAAAUCAAUAUCGGUAUCCUAUUGGCAAGAAGCGAAUGCAACCAGUGGGAAUAGUUGUUUUUGCAUCAGUAAUGGCAACACUGGGACUACAGAUACUGUUUGAAUCAGGCCGAGAACUUAUUGCGAAGACUCAGCCUGAAAAAGACCCCAUUAAAGAAAGAUGGAUGAUUGGUAUUAUGGUCUCUGUGACGGUAGUGAAGUUCAUGCUCUUGACAUAUUGCCGCCAAUUCAAGAACGAAAUAGUGAGGGCGUACGCUCUAGAUCAUUUCUUCGACGUUGUGACCAACUCAAUUGGACUAGUGGCUGCAGUUUUAGCCAUUGGAUUUUUCUGGUGGAUUGAUCCUCUUGGAGCUAUCCUUAUAGCAUUGUACACGAUGGGCACAUGGGCGAGAACAGUUAUGGAGAAUGUCUGGUCACUGAUUGGAAGGACAGCCCCUCCUGAGUACCUAACAAAGCUGAUGUAUCUUGUAUGGAACCAUGAUGAAGAGAUCAAGAACAUCGACACGGUUCGAGCAUACACAUUUGGAUCACACUACUUUGUGGAGGUGGACAUUGUGUUGGCUGGGGACAUGUCCAUUACCCAAGCACACAACAUUGGUGAGACACUGCAGGAGAAGAUUGAGCAGUUGCCUGAAGUGGAAAGAGCUUUUGUCCAUAUAGACUUCGAGUGCACACACAGGCCAGAACACAUGCACAAGACUUUGCCUAAUAAGAACACAUAG